UCACGCAGAAACGCACAUCCAAGCGAGUCACACACAUACACACACAUACACACACAUUCCACCGGUGACUCUGUAGUCAUCGCUUUGCUUCCAGAUACCGACGUGCUUUUGGAUUUAGCAGCCGGUGCGUCCUUUCAGCGAUGGUGUAAGGAGCUGCCAGAGGAUGCUGAAGAAAUGUUAAUUUCUUGAGCAGGAGUCAGAACGCUGACAGCAUGGGAAGAUUUUGCCCUCUCAGCACACAGCAUACAAACACCUCUCAGAGGACAUGUUGGAUUGACGGUAAACUCUCUGGAACACUGAGAAACACAUCGGAAUGUCACAGUUUCUUACAGCAACUGGAGUUAAUGUGAGACCACUUAUACAGAGAUGUUAGCAUCAACUCUACAAUGAUGGGGAUUUAAAGGAGGGGUCCACCUGAAAACUAAAAGGGACAGAGCCCCGAGGCUCUGGAACGACCUGCCCAAGGAAAUCAGAGUCUGUAGCUCUCUGCUCAGGGACAGUCUUCUGCAGCCCUUCUGUGAUCACAGGCCUACCUGGCAUUUCUCAUCCAUAUCCUUCUUCUUUCCAUUCACCCAUCUUUCCCCGUUAUGAAAGGCCUGUCCAGUAGCCGGGGUCACCAUCAUGUGGUCUCCUAUGAACCAUCAUAUGAUCCACUGGGUCACCAUGUUGACCGCAAGCCAUAUUUGAUCAGUCAGAUGGACAUGCCUGUGCCCAUUCCCAUGCCACAUCCAGCUGAGCUGCCCUACUACAAUGCUCAGCGCACCUCAUACCCCUCUGACAGCAACAGCAUCGUCCCAUAUGGAACCUUCCCCAGGAGGUGCCACUCUACCUCCUCAUCUCACCAUCCUGAGGUAAAGGAUGAGUGUAUGGCCAUGGUACCAUAUGUAGGAGGAGGAGGAGGAGGAGGUGGUGGAGGAGGAGGAGGUGGAGGAGGCUAUGGGGGUAAAACGCCCACUCGGGUACCAGCAAACUUUGUGGACCCGUUUGAACGUCAGCCAUCAUUUUCCAGAGAUGGCUACCAUACAUUGCAAUACAAACGAGGGGUGCAGGCCCACAGUGGGGGGAUGGGGGCCAACAACAACAAUGACAGUCCAGGGAGAAUUCGCCAUCUUGUCCACUCAGUCCAGAAACUCUUCACCAAGUCACAUUCAUUGGAAGGGCCACACCACACACAGUCCUCCAAGGGGGCCAAUAAUGGGAGUGUUAAUGGUGGUGGUGGUGGCGGUGGAGGAGGUGGUGGUGGUGGCUCGAGGGCCAGCCCAGAAGGUGAAACUCCACCAGUGGGAGUGCGCCACCGGAAACGCAGUAAGAGCCGUGAGCGCUGUAGAUCAGCAGAGCCCAAGCAUCGAAGCCACCACCACCACCACCACCAGCUCCACGGCUCAGCAUCUGCUCCAGGCUCUGGAUACUGGAGCUCAGAUGACAACCUGGAACGGGAGCUGUGUCUCUACCACCCUCACCACCACCAACCUCCACCCUCACCCUCCCCCUCCAUUUCCCCCUCGCCUAUUGCCAUGACAAUAAGCCGGUAUCCCGGCAACAACCCAGACAAGUUCCCCCAGACUCCCCUCCCCAGUCUCUCCUCCUCGCAGUCCCAGCAGUACUUCAUGAUGGACCCUUACGGCACACUAAACGAGCACACACACACCCACGCACACCAUGGCCACACACACCACCAUUCUGCACUCAAAGUCUCCCGGAGCAACAACGAUGUGAAGUAUGCAGCGUCGACAGCAUGUGUGCCAAUUAGUGGUAGCAGCAAUAACAGCGGUGGCGGUAUCGGUGGAGGAAGUGGCUCCUUGCUUCCAGUGGGUCUUGUGGACGGGCCCCUUGUGAAGAAAGGGCCAUGGUCAUCAAGCCUAACGGUGAGCAGGGCCCGAGAGGUCUACACCAACAACAGCAGCCACAACCAGCCACGAGCCAGCGCAGGAUCCGGUAACCUAAACCUAGAUAGAGCUCUAGUCAAAUCUAAGGGCAGUCAGCAGCAGGAGCGCGCUUGCCAUUUCUUACAGGUACCUCAGGAUGAAUGGAGCAGCUUCUCUCCUCUAGGGAAGGAAGAUGACAUCCCCUGUCGGAGGAUGAGAAGCGGCAGCUAUGUGAAAGCCAUGGCUGAGGAUGACAGCGGAGAUUCUGAUGGAAGUCCCAAGCCCUCUCCCAAGAUCCAAGCUCGGCGGGCCAGCUACCUGAAAGCCACACAGCCAUCACUGACUGAGAUGACCACUCUACAGAUUUCAGCUGAGCACUCCCCCAAACUGCAGAUCAGGAGCCACAGUUACCUGCGUGCGGUGAGUGAGGUUUCAAUCAAUAGAAGCCUGGACACCCUGGACCCCAAAACCCUCCUCGACCCCAAAUCACUGCUGUCCUCACCCCAAUACCGCUCACGCAAUGAAAGCUACAUGAGAGCCAUGAGCACCAUCAGUCAGCUGAGUGAGGUGGAAGUAAAUGGGCAGAUUGAGCAGGUGUGUGAGCAGGUCUACAGUGAGAUGCAGUCUCAGGCCAUGGAGGCUGCCAUGGACAGCAUGGACAACAUGGACACACUGCCUAUGCCGGGAUGCUUCCGGAUGCGGAGCCACAGCUAUGUAAGAGCGAUUGACCAGGGCUGUGGGGAGGAGGAAGGAGAAGGAGGGAGACCACUGCUUCUGUUACCAUCCUCCCCACCACGUACAUCUGCAACCACCGUCAGGACCAUCCAGAGCAGCACAGUUUCAUCUUGCAUCACCACUUACAAGAAAACUCCUCCUCCAGUGCCACCCAGAACUUCAACCUGCUCCACAGCCUCCAAGCCAUACAUCUCCAUUACAGCCCAGAGCAGCACAGAGUCUGCACAGGAUGCCUACAUGGAAGAAGAGGGACCUAGAGGUGACAUGACCAUCCAAUCAGGGCUCAGUAACUCCACAGAAAGCAUUGACAGCAUGAAGGCCUUGACAGCUGCCAUAGAGGCUGCUAAUGCUCAGGUCCACGGACCAGCCAGUCAGCAUGUCAACAAUAGCACCAUGACAGUCAACACCACCAUCCCCUCAGUCCUGAGCAGGGGGCAAGUAGUUGAAGACCACCGGGAUGAUUAUAGGAAAGAUGCGCUCAGGAAGGGAAAAUGUCUCUCCAUAGGCAUCCAGGUUGACGGACCAGAGGAUGUUCCAGAUCCAGAGGACCCCUCCAAGUUCACCUCUGUAGGUGUGCAAGUGGAAGAUGACAGAGGGUAUCGUCGGUUCCAGCGCUCCAAUAGUGUGACAGCAGCUGUGCAGGCAGAUCUGGACAUGCCAGACCUACUAGACACACCUAUAAACUCCCCGGACACUGACAUGGAAGUACUGUCAUCUCGUGCCAUCCCUCGGCAAUAUUCCCGCGAUGCCGCCACUUCCACCGUCAGCAUCCAGGGCUCAGGGAACCACUACCAUGCCUGUGCCUCUGAUGACUAUGAGGAUGUGGGCUUUGACCCAUCCAUCCUUCCCCCUCCAGACCCAUGGAUAGACAGUGUAACAGAUGACCAACUUGAUGUCAGUUUCAACAGUUCUGCUAUACUGGAGGUGGUGCAGAGAUCAGUUUGCCAGAGAGAUGGACGGUGGUUUCUGAAGCUGCUGCAGGCUGAAACCGACCGCAUGGAAGGCUGGUGUCGACAGAUGGAACUCGACCAGCGGGAGAAUGACCUGCCUGAAGACAUCCUAGAGAAGAUGAGAAGUGCUAUGGGAAGUGCUCAGCUUCUGAUGUCCCAGAAGUUUGAGCAGUUCAGGGAGCUGUGUGAGGAGAACCUGAACCCCAAAGCCCACCCUCGUCCAGUAGCCUCAGAUCUGGCUGGUUUUUGGGAUAUGCUUCAGUUGUCAAUCGAGAACAUAAGCCUCAAAUUUGAUGAGCUUCACCAGCUCAGAGCCAACAACUGGCGGCCCUUGGAUCCCCCAGACAGAAAGGAGAGGCGGCUCCCACCUCCAGUGCCAAAAAAGCCACCCAAGGGCCCCCAACAUCACCCCCCUCUGGCCAGAGACCGCUCACUGGAAAGCUCAGAGAAACAGCGGCAGGAGGCCAGGAAGCGCCUGAUGGCCGCCAAGAGAGCGGCAUCUGUACGACAAAACUCAGCUACAGAGAGUGCUGACAGCAUCGAGAUCUACAUCCCUGAGGCUCAGACAAGGCUAUGAGGACACUGCCAGAGCCACAUAGGGUUGACACGCAGUACACACCAUUCACACAGAACACAACAAAUGUAUGGUUGUCCACACAAAGGCAAAUGGGUUUAGACGCAUCUGGAUAUAUUAUUUCAUUAUGCACAAUGCACUCUGAGGAUAAAUAGAGCUGGAACAUUGAUGGAACAUGUGCCCUUUCCCAAUGCUCACCUGUCUCCUGACUGAUUUAGUUACCUGUAAAUGUAACCAUGCUUCCUCUUGAUCCAAACUCAUGGUCCACAUGGUCCAAACUCGGUCAUGUUUAAACAUUCUUUAGAGCAGCUACGUGGCAGACACCCCAAAAUUGGUUUUAAAAUUUCAGUUUAUAUUCAUCAGUUUUCACAGAGUGAGUGUAUAGUAGGGAACACUCUCCUGACUGGAGUUUCACAGGUGUGAUUUAUCUCAUGAUCAGGUGUUGAACCAUAACAUGAGUUUGACUUAACAAGUUUACAUAUCUACAGAGGAAGCGGGUCUUCUUCCACGGGGUAUAGCACGUUUAUGGACUGUCUAUAAAUGAGUGGCUGUGCUUUCCAGGUCACAAAAAUGAAAUCAGCCAACCUAAUCUUUAGCUCCACUAGACUCGUGUUCAAAAUGUGUCAACUCCUCUCAUUAAAUCCCUUAGAUAAAUUUCUCCAAAAGUUAUCAUGGUAUAUUAGCUAAUUUUAUCACUUUUGAAAGGACUUGCUGAAUCAGGUAGUUCAUAUUAGGCCUCACACAGACACUUGCUCAAAUAUGAUCACUCCUGACUCCAAAGUAACAAAGGUGGUGAUUGGUUUCAUAAGGGUAGCCCAAAAUCCAGUGGGUGAAGUCACUGUGGUUAUGUCAGUUUGUUGCCAUGUUGCAUUGCAAUAGUAACCAGGAACAGAAAAACUCAUUCUAGCACCUUUUAUGUUUUUUACUUAUGUUUUUGUAGCCUCUGUAGGUCCCACACAGGAGACGGGAAGGCAUGGGGUCAGAUGCCUGAAAUCUGCACCGCUAAAUGGUGACGCUAUGAAAUCCAAACGUUCAUUCUUUUAAUUGUUUAGGGUUAUCAGCUGAACAGAUUUGGUUAGAUCAUACAGGUGUCUUUUAAAUGCCUUUUUAACUUGUACAAAUGUGUACUGCACAGAAGUGAUGGACAAUCUUACAUAUACACACAGAAGUAAUAAUGAUCUUGUGUGACAUGAAAAUACUUCACAUGUCACUCACACAUAAUGAACACAUGAGUGCUCACAGGCAAUUUCUUUGGUCUUGUGGCUGAAUGAACACUGCAGACUGGUGUAGUAUAAAACAGCGUAUCACUCCCCCCUCUGGAGAAUGCCAUGAUCACGAUUGUUCAUCUUCCUCUCCAUCUCCACGUAAUUAUCAACUAGUAUUUUCUUCCUCUAGAUGAACCCUCUUAAAAAUGACUGAAAUGUUUUAAGAAGAUCUCUGUUAUUUUGCAAAUUUCAAUACAAUUUUAUAGUUUGGACAUCUUUCUGUGGACAAAGUAGCAGUUUAACAGCUCCAAUACUAGUCAGAGACACUGCUAACACAAGCCUUCAGACAACUUAACUGGAACUUUUCCAUAUUUGAGUUGUUUCAAGCCUGUCUGACAUGGUUGCUCUGUCUCUGCAGUUCAAUGCUGUGCUGACCAAAACGACAAAAAAAUAAACUUAUAAAUAAACAGAAUUUUAUUUUAAUGCUUCUUGUGUAAGCAGAAAGCCUUCACAUGAAUUAUUAAGUGCUCAUACUGUCAGAAAGGCAGCAGUGUGUCAUAAAAGUGUUUGUAUCACCACCUGUGCACAGGUUUGCAAAUUCUCCCUUUCUUUGGUUUGACUUUAGUUUGUUUCUCCUUGUUGGCUUUCAAGGUGAUUUGUCUUUUACCGGGUACAUUUAUACUGAAACAGUGUUGGGUAGAGUGCAUUGAUGGUGCUGAGAGAGAUACAGUACAUACAGUUGUGGUCAGACGUUUACUUACACUCAUCAUGGGCAUGAAUAUCAUAGUAAUUUGGGGCUUUUACUCAUUUCUUUUAACUGUUCUUUUUCAAGGGUGGAAUGCCUGUACCACAUACAUCUUUAAUGGACUUAAAAAACAAGUUUGAGUUUAUUUUGGAUUUUCUUUCAUCCACACAGGGUCAAAAUUAUACAUGCAACCUCAAACGCGUACUCCUACGUGUUAUUUGGUUAAAUGUCCCCUUAGCAAGCUGCACCUCGACCAGAUGCUUUUGGUACUCAUAAACAAGCUUCUGAUAUAAUUUUGGCUGGAUGUUUGAGUACUGUUCUUGACAGAAUUGAAAAAGUUCAUUUAAAUGAGUUAGUCAGUUUGUCCACACAUUUACAAUAGGGUUCGAGUCCAAGGAUUUGGGGAGACCAUUCCAGAAUCUUAAUGUUUUCCUGCUUUAUCUAUUCCAAAAAGUUUUGAUUUGUGUUUUUGAUCAUUGUCUUUUUUUCACCCAUCUAGCUGUUGGUUCGAGUUGAAGUUGAAGGGUUUGGAGGUUGUCCUCCAUUAUUCCAUCCACUUUGUGCAAUGUACCACUGGCAGCAAAAAAGCCCCAGCGCAUGAUGCUGCCACCACCAUGCUUAACAGCUGGUGCUAUUAACGCUACAAGCAUCACCUUUACUCCUCCAAGCAUAGCUCUUGUUAUUGUGGCCAGAUUGCUCAAUUAAUGUCUCCCUGGUCUUAAAACAUUCACCAGAAGGUUUUCCAUUUGGGCAACUGCAAAUUUCAGUCAAGCUUGAAGGUUUCAAUUUUGGAGCGUAGACUUUUUUCUUGGUCAGCAGCCUUUGAUCCUCAGCUAUUUAAAACGCACUUUACCAUGGACAGUGACACUGGUGUUCCAGCAGUUUACAGCUCAUGCCAGGCUUGAGCCUGAGUGGUUCCUGGGUUGUUCCUGAAUAUCCUGAGUAAUUUCCUCUCAUUUGAGGGUGAAGGUGGUAACACAUCUGAAGAACUUGUACUGAUGUACAGUUGUUUGAAGUGAUGAUUUGGAAACUGUAGUGGUUUAGAAAUGGCUUUAACAGAUUUUCCAACUUGUAUAAAUUUAUAAUUCUCCUUAGAUCUUCACUGAGUUCCUUAGACUUUACCACUGCUCUAACUAUUCAUCAAUCCAGUAGGUGCUGGAAAAUCAUUUUUAUGCUUCAAAGAACAACUACCACUUGCUGUCAGACAUGAUCACUAAUGAGAAGUUGAUAUGUAAGUGGACGGGUUCUUAUAUAGCACUUUUCUACUCUACUUGAACACUUAAAGCACUUUAUACGACUUGCCACAUCAUCUACAUCUACAUACAAGUGAUUCCUACGUUACAUUCAUACACACAUUAGACAGCAUCAGACAGCAUCCUGCCCAAGGAUACUUAGACAUGAGACUGGAGUAGCCAGGGAUUGAACCACCAACCUUCCAAUCAGUACCAUGACCCUGUAUGGAUUAGAGAAAACAAAAAAAAAAUCAAAAUAAAUUCAAACUUGUGCACUCAAUUCUUUUUUUUAGUUUUCUAAAAUAAUUCCACCCUGGAAAAGAAAGAACAGUAGAAAAAAGAAAGAAAGAAAGAAAUGUGAUCAUGAAAAGCUCCAAAUUUCCAUUACAUUUAUGCCCAUGAUGAGUUUAUGCAAACUUCUAACCUCAACUGUAACAGAUGACCUUGCCAUGAUUUGAAGCUGAAGUAAAGCCACAGUAGUUGUGCACUAAAAGUGUUCAGCUGAUCACCCUUUACAUUUGUUUACAUUCACUGGCUAAAGACUGAGGUAAAAUACUGAAAUUUAUUUGGGUUAAAACUAAUAAUGACAUUGAUAUAAGCUUACUUGAGCUGUUUAAAAAUGUAUCAUAUGUUUUUGGACAGAAGGGGCUCAAAAUUUAGUUUUCAGUAGUCAUCCAGUGAUAUCCAUAUAUAUUGUAAUUUAACCACAACUAUUAUCUUUUCCUAAAAUAGCCAAGUAGCUAAGUAGGUUUAGUGCCUGGUCAAACAGUGAGUGAAAACAAAGUUCAAGUGUAAGACUAAUAGAAAAAUUUGACAGCCAGUGAUCUUGUGUGGGAUGUUAACUCUGGGCUUGUACAAAAAAAUCCUCUAGCUUGUGUUACCAGGCCAUAAAGUAAACUUUAUUGCAUGUGAUUCUGACUACAAAAGACAACAAAUUCAUGACAGAAGCAGAAAUUAUGAUUCGGUUGGUUAAUAAUCUACAAUGUAAAAUAUUCCUGUUGGAUUAUAGUUGCAAAAUUAAAAUAGAAGUUUUUAAUUUGAGGGUUGAAGAGAGGUGGUAAGCCAUUUGAUUCUGUCAUGAAACUCUCAGAAGCAGCUAGCAGCUACUUCAUUCAUGAAAAGCUGUUUGCUCACCUUUUGGUGCCCCAAGUUGAGUUCAAUGGGGCAUUCGCACCAUAUGCAAAGUGAAAGUACUUGUGAAUUCAGCCGCAUUAGGAACUCAAAUAUUAGCCCUUGUUAGCCAACAGGAUGAGGAAAAGUACAGACAAUAGUUGGAAUCAAGACAAAGAAACAUAUUUUCACACCUUAUCAUGAAGCCCUCUAUGCCCUUUUUUAAAUUUGCUAUCUUUACAUCAGAUAUUUGAAACAGAUGGUUCCAGCUGCUCUCAAUAAAUUUGUCUUCUACUUCUGGAGGCUUCAGGAGAGAAUUCACAGUCAGUGGUAGAAUUCCAUCUAAUGGGUUUUUGCAACUCAAUUUUGGGCCAAAUGCAUUUCAGUUUGCCUGAUUACAUAGACUCUGUGUGUAAUUGCACCUUAUGAAUACUUUUCUUAAAGUUUGGUGAAAAUGCAUCAUAACCCUGAUGAUGUCAUCAGGUUUAUUGUAGUUUGGGCUCGUUAAAAACACAUCGUUUGGUGGUGUUAAUAAAGAGACACUGUCUGAUACUAAUGGGUAAAAGUUUGAAAAUCACACCCACGUUGCUUUGAUUCUGACUAUUUUGGCUCUUUGGAAUUAAAAUAUGUCAGUGUGCAGUGCCAAAGUCUUGGAGUACCCAGAAAGAAAACAGACUGAAGCUUAUUAAGCUCAGUAUGUUUGGACUGAUCACAUUUUUGCAGAUUUCUCCUUCAACAGAAGUAACUUUAGUCAAAGAGGCGAACACUCAGUACUGACAUGAAAUUGCUGCCUGUUACUGCUUACACAUAAUGAGACAUUUUGACCUGGGUACUAAAAUGCCAUGAGAAGACAUUCCAGAUUCAUCUGGGUUUUAGAUUUGACUUCUUGGCUAAGAAGCUGCUUCAUCAGUGACAAAGGAAAAUGUUUAGGGCCAAGCUGAUUCUCUCUGAGCCACUUCAUGUUGUUAAACUGUGAUAAUGACAUUUAUACUACUACAACUGCUAUGUAUACCAACAUGUAUCUAUUAACAAACUGCCAUUCAUUUCUUCAACAAUCUGGAAAUCAUAAGUAGGAUUCAGAGAAUUCUACAGAUGAUUCUAAGAUAAUAAUGAUGAAGUGUUGUUAAUGAAAGUAUUCUGUAUUAUUUUCUUCUUUUGUAAUGAUGAGGUGUGUGUGUUAGCGUGUGUGGUGAAGGAACGUAAUUUUGUACAGGAUUUGAUUACCUCUGUGUUUUAAUGAUAAUGACAGUGAGCCAUAUUCAGCGUAAAACACCUUUCUUAUCAAGAGGAAAGGGCCAUACCACUGCAGAUUGAAUAUGCUUUGGAUUUUUGGUUUUUGCAUUUACAGAAUCAUUUCUUUUGUAUUCCAGUAGCAAGCUUACUGUCUGUGAGUUUGGGGAGACAUGUUGAGUGCGGACAACAUGACACAAAUGUGAGCAGGAAGCAGGGAGACAUACAUUUUUAAUGUCCUGUAUUAAAAUUUGCACGUUUCUCAAAUUAAAGUGUUGGUUGGACAUGCAGAAAUAACUGCUAAAUAAAAGCCCAAACUUGAAACUAAGAUUAUUAAAAGUGAUGAAGCAUAAAAACAAAAAUGUUAAAGAACUGUGGAAGAUCAGGGCUGCCAGAAAAAAAUGUAAAGAAAAUAUCUCUCUGUUUUUUUGUAUCUGUGACAAACAGACAUGACAUGACAAACAAGAGGAGAAUGUUCUGUGACUGAUUUGCUAACAUUGCACUAACUCACUGGCAGUACAAGUUAAUUUCAAUAAUGACAACCUCUCGAGAGCAGUGCAAAUUAGCAGGUCAAAAAUGAGAAUGAUAUCAGAUAUGUUAAGCUAUAUAUUAAAAUUCACAAGAAGAUCGAGUGAUUUUAAUGAUUCUCUAACAGGAAAGAAAGCAUGCUGGAGUUGCUCAGGCAGGUCAUUCUACAAUUGAGGAGUGCAGCAAAUGCUCAGUCAUGCUUUGUCUUUAAGCGUGAAGUGGGAGCAGUUCUCGGGUUCCUGGUGAGGAGUGCUUGCUGCACUCUGGUUUGUAUGAAGACAGCAGUUCCAAAAUGCAUUGUGGAGGCACACAUUCUGAACAGUUUAGAAUCUAUUGAUUGAUUUGUGGUUGAUAUCUGUUAAAGGGUUUUAUAUUUAACUACACUAAAAACUGAAAAUAGAUCUGCAAAAAAUGAAUGAACUAAAAUGGAAUAAAUAAUACAGAAGAAGUAUUAAUAUUUGUUAGUUUGGUCAAAUGAUAUCACAGCUUGCCUGAUGAGACUUUGUUGGAUGUGUUUGCUAAGACUCUAUAAGAGUGAGUCACCACUUUAAAAAUUCUCUGUGUUUUUAUUGUAAUACCUAUUUUGAUUUUCCAAAAUCUUGUUUCUGAUAUAUGCCUGGCAUACCAUAAUAAUUAGGAAGACUAAAAUUAAGACCCAGACAAAUAGAAACAAUAAACCCAAACAUUUUCAAGCAAUUAAGACAAACUGGAAACUAAAGUGACGUAAGUUAGAAUGAAAUAAACGUUAAUUAGAAAAAACCCUCAAAGAUGUAAUAAUUCUGGUUUGUUAAAAGAAUGAAAUAAACGUAUGAAUCAUAAAUGUAAAGAAAGUGAUAUUCCUCAGGUGGUAGAAGCAGGACUGAGUGACCUGAAAAGUCAGAUUAGACUCAAAUAGGACUCCCAACUCAUAGAGGACUGAUGACUCCUAUUUUGUAAAUAUUUAGUUGAAUUUUACUAAAGAAAUUGAAAAUACCUUUAUUUUUAAAAGAGUUUAAAGAGUUGAUCGUCACUGACAUAGCAAUGAAAUGAAUUUUUUCUCUAUACAGUGUGGCCAAGUAGCAGUAUAUAGUAUAAAAUUAAAUGGGAAAAGAAAUAAAAAUUUUGCAAUUUCUGUUUUAGUUUCUGUCUUUUUAGUUUUUUAAUAUUAGCAGUUCUGGACAUUCAUACAUUCAACUUUAGAUAUACUGAUGCUGAACAUCUCUGCAACUCCAACCAGUGGCGGAUUUGAGCUCCCUGAUUCUCUGCGUUUUUCCUCAGGAAGGAACGGGAAAGAACAGGUCAUUUUUAAAAUCAGGGUCUCCCAGACAUGUUGAUCUGUUAAUCACAGUCUGUGUGUAUGUGCGCACAUGUGUGUGUGUGUGUGUGUGUGGGUGUGUGUGUGUGUGUGUGCAUUCAAAAUUUGGAUGUGUAUCAUUUGUAUAUAUAUAAAACCAUGUCGAAGAUACACUGGAUGCAAGGUCUCUAUAAAGUGCUUCCUGAGUCUCUUGUUUUCUAUGUUGGGCCUUCCCUCUGUAUGGUCUGGUAGCCUCAUAGAGUCAUUCUGUAAAUUAACUCUCUACUUAUCCCUGCAACCGAUUUCUGGUGUUUGUACAGAAAAUGAUAAGGGUGUUUCAUAACGCAUGCAGACACAAUAUUAGUACUUACAAAUCUAUAUCUAAGUUGAAAACAUGUAUUUGGUUUAUUUAUGAUCUUAUUUAUUGAUUUUCUAAAAUAUGAAAUUCUGUUGAAGUGGUCUGUCAUGCUCUUAUGAUCUUAUGUUGUAUUGUAGAGAGAUGAUUAUAUGUCCAUAACUAUUGAUCAGCCCAUAAUAAAAUAA